AUGGGUAUCCUUGAAAAGAUAGCGCAGAUCCAGGAGGAAUUGGCCAGAACCCAAAAGAACAAGGCCACCGAAUAUCAUAUCGGGUUAUUGAAGGGGAAGCUUGCCAGAUACCGUCGUGAGCUCUUGGAACCCCAGCCUGGCCAAGGUGGCGGUGGAGGAGGCCAGGGAUUCGAAGUCGCCAAAGCUGGUGAUGCCAGAGUGUCGUUGAUCGGUUUUCCUUCCGUGGGUAAGUCUUCGUUUUUGUCCAAAGUCACCAACACCAAGUCGGAAGCUGCCAACUACGAGUUUACCACCUUGACCUCAGUAGGAGGCAUUCUCGAGUACAACGGAGCCGAAGUCCAGAUCGUCGAUUUGCCAGGUAUUAUAAAGGCAGCCUCCCAGGGUAAGGGUAGAGGAAGACAGGUUAUUGCCGUGUCGAGAACAUCAGACUUGAUCAUGAUGGUUUUGGACGCCACAAAGGGUGGAGACCAAAGACUGAUCUUGGAGAACGAGUUGGAGUCCAUGGGCAUCAGAUUGAACAAGCAGAGACCCAACAUCUCCUUGAAGUACAAGAAGACAGGUGGUGUCAAGAUGAACUCCAUCACUCCUCCCAAGUACUUGAACGAAAAGUUGGUUUCGGCCAUCUUGAAAGACUACAAGGUGCACAAUGCGGAUGUGCUCAUCAGGGACGAGAACGUCACCAUCGACGACUUCAUUGAUGUCAUCAACGAGCAGCACAUCUCCUACAUCAAGUGCUUGUACGUGUACAACAAGGUCGAUGCAGUCUCUUUGGAAGAGUGUGACAGGUUGGCCAGAGAGCCCAACACGGUGGUGAUAUCCUGUGAGUUGGAUUUGGGCAUUGAAGACUUGAAGGAAGAAAUAUGGAGACAAUUGGACUUGUUGAGGCUAUACACCAAGAGGAGAGGAAUUGCUCCCAACUUCGACGAGCCUAUGGUGGUGAGAAGCCAAUCCACCAUUCUCGAGGUGUGUGACUCCAUCCACAGAGACAUGAAAAACCAGUUCAAGUAUGCAUUAGUGUGGGGUUCCAGCUCCAAGCACAGUCCCCAAAAGUGUGGUUUAGGUCACCCUGUGAACGACGAAGAUGUGGUGCAAAUUGUCACCAAGUAA